AUGAGGGAGUACGUGGUAACACACCCGCUGAUCGCUGGCACUGCCACGAGCGAAGCACUCAAUCCGCGUGAUGCGUUCUACGGCGGUCGAACGGGGAACGCUUCCCGAUACUACGAGGUGAAAACAGAUGCAACGGGCAACGCGUACGAGGAAAUACGAUACAUCGAUGUUUGCUCGUUGUAUCCGUUCAUCUGUAAGAAUGGAAGGUUCCCUGUUGGCCACCCGACGGUCUACGUUGGAGAGGAGUGUAAGCUCUUGACAGGGUCGAGCGGUUGCGACAUCACGCGAGUUGAGGGGCUCAUCAAGUGCCGAGUUUUACCGCCUCGCAAUCUUUAUCACCCUGUUUUACCGGUGCGCAUGCAUGACAAACUCAUGUUUGCCUUGUGCCGCUCAUGUUGUCAGAGUUUGAACCAGGACGAGUGUAGACAUGAUGACGAGGCUGCGCGAGAAUUCGAGGGCACGUGGGUGUCGAUCAAAUUAAAAAAAGCCGUGGAAAUGGGAUACAAGAUCAGGAGCAUAAGCGAGAUCUGGUCGUAUACGGUGACAUCGUUAGACCCGACUACUCGUCAAGGUGGGCAUUUCGCCGGCUAUAUCGACACCUUCCUCAAGAUUAAGCAAGAGGCAAGCGGCUGGCCUGCUGAAUGCGAGGACGAGUCGGCUCGAAUGCGCUACCUUGAUGAGUAUGAGCGGGUCGAGGGUAUACGGCUAGAUCGCGACCGUAUUGCUAAGAAUCCCGGCAUGCGAUCAGUUUUCAAAUUAUGCUUAAAUUCGUUUUGGGGCAAGUUCCGGCAACGCGAGAAUCUGGUAAAAACAGAGGUCAUAAAGACGCGUCAGCAGCUGCUCGAGCUUUUGACCAACCCUGAAGUCGAGGUGUCCGGUUUGCUGCCCGUGAAUGACGAAGUGUUGUACGUGCGUUGGUCGCACGUGCAACACGGCGUUGAACCGUCAGCGCUGGCAAACGUCGUGAUUGCCUCGUACACCACUGCCCAGGCUCGGCUGAAGCUCUUCUCGUUCCUUGAGAAGCUCGAUCGGCGCGUGCUCUAUUACGACACCGAUUCAGUAAUUUAUACCCGAAACCUCCGAAGGCCAAACGAGUAUGAACCUCCCACGGGUAACUUUCUUGGCGACCUGACGGACGAGUUGGCGUCUUACGGCCGUGGGAGUUUUAUACGCGCUUUCGUCUCGGGAGGGCCAAAAUUCUAUACUUUCAUCAUUAAACGUCCGAAUGGUGAAGAGGUGGAAAUUUGCAAGGUGAAAGGCAUAUCACUGAAUCACGCAACGAGCUCGAAAAUCAACUUCGAGGCCAUCAAGCGGAUGGUGGUAGAAGCCGCUGCACCCAUUCCCUUGGAGUAUCGCGCCGUUCGACGAACGGAACUGCACGCAGUCGUGACGCGCUCCGAGCACAAAACGUGUAAACCGGUGUACGUGAAAAGGCGUUGUUGCGUCACGAGUUUCGAUACGCUGCCCUACGGUUAUCGCACUGGAUGA